AUGAGUACUGAUUUUGAUAGAAUCUACUUGAAUCAAUCGAAAUUUAAUGGUAGAUUUCGUAUUGCCGAUUCUGGUUUAGGUUGGAAAGCUGCUGCCAGUGGUGGUUCUGCUACAAACCAAAAUAAAGCACCAUUUCUUUUACCUGCUAGCGAACUAUCUACUGUCCAAUGGAGUAGAGGUUGUAGAGGUUUUGAACUGAAGAUUAAUACUAAAAAUCAAGGUGCAUUACAAUUAGAUGGUUUUUCAGAAGAUGAUUUUAAUAUUAUCAAAGGUGACUUCCAUCGUAGAUUCAGCAUUCAAGUUGAACAUAAGGAACAUUCUUUACGUGGUUGGAAUUGGGGUAAAGCUGAUUUAGCCAGAAACGAAAUGGUAUUCUCUCUAAAUGGUAAGCCAACAUUUGAAAUUCCAUAUUCCAGAAUUAAUAACACUAAUUUGACUAAUAAAAAUGAAGUGGCGAUUGAAUUUGACAUCCAAGAUGAAAACUAUCAACCAGCGGGUGAUGAAUUAGUUGAAAUGAGAUUCUACAUCCCAGAUGCAGUAAAGGAAGAAUCUGAUGAAGAAAAACCAAAGACUGAAGAGGGUGAUGUCGAAAUGGAGGGUGAAGAAAAGGAAGAAAAGGAAGAAAAAUCAUUAGCAGAAACAUUCUAUGAUGAAUUAAAGGAAAAGGCUGAUAUUGGAGAAACAGCAGGUGAUGUUAUCGUAUCUUUCCCAGAUGUGUUCUUUACCACGCCUAGAGGUCGUUAUGAUAUCGAUAUUUACAAGAAUUCUAUUAGAUUAAGAGGUAAAACUUAUGAAUAUAAACUACAACAUCGUCAAAUUCAAAGAAUUGUAUCUCUACCAAAAGCUGAUGAUAUAAAUCAUUUGAUUGUAUUGGCAAUUGAACCUCCACUUCGUCAAGGUCAAACAUCAUAUCCAUUCUUGGUUCUGCAAUUCCAAAAGGAGGAAGAAACAGAAGUUCAAUUGAAUCUGGAUGAUGAAGAUUACGAAACUAACUAUAAAGAUAAAUUAAAGAAACAAUAUGAUGCUAAGACACAUAUUGUCAUUAGUCAUAUUUUGAAGGGUAUCACAGGUCGUAGAGUCAUAGUACCUGCUGAAUAUAAAUCAAAAUACGAGCAAUGUGCGGUUUCAUGUUCUUACAAGGCUAAUGAAGGUUACUUAUACCCAUUGGACAAUGCUUUCUUCUUCUUGACAAAGCCUACAUUAUACAUCCCAUUUUCUGAUAUAAGUUCUAUUAAUAUUUCCAGAGCAGGUCAAACAACUACAUCGAGAACAUUCGAUUUGGAAGUAAUACUACGUUUCAAUAGAGGUUCUACCACAUUUGCCAAUAUUAGUAGAGAAGAACAACAAAUAUUAGAACAAUAUUUGAAAUCAAAGAACUUGAGAGUAAGAAAUGAAGAAAAGGAAGCACAACAAAGAUUACAAAGUGCUCUUGGAUCAGAUAGUGAAGAUGAAGAUAUUAACAUGGGCUCUGCAGGUGAAGAAGAUGAAUCUGUUGAUGAAGAAUUUCAUGAUAGUUCUGACGAUGAUGACGUUGCUGAAGAAUUCGAUUCCGAUGUUCCUUCAAGUGGCGGCGAAGAUGAAGAAGGAAGCGAUUCCGAAAGACCUGCUAAAAAGCCAAAGGUUGAAUAA